CCACGCCCAAGGGCCUGUGUCACAAUGUCACACAGUCGGCCUACAGCCCCCAUACUUCCUCGUUCGCGAGCGCAACGACUACAUAAGUUUAAGGCUUCACAUAUUAGACUGUUUUAACACAAACUGUCACUACAAUACGCACUUUGCAGACUAGAAUGUCGGCAUGUUCACUUGCCAGCGACGAAAGGCACUCCGCCCAGUCCGCAAUGUGCGCAUGUAUGACAAGUAGCUAAGAGGUGACCACAGCACCGCUCGGCUUGCGUCCUGGGCGUGCCACGCCGUGCGGGCCCGAAACAAUCGUUACCCCCUGUUCGGGGAUCGUCACCCCCGUUUUUGGAUCGUUACCACCAUUUGGGUGCCAUAGGUAAUCUCGGCCAGCUGAGCACGUUCGCUGGAGUGGGGCAAGUCUCGCCGGCGGACGCCCAAGCUAUGCUGACGCGUGUCGACCCGUCUAGCUUCCAAGACCAAGACAUUGUCGUUAACCCAGCCGCGAUAUUUGCUUCGGUCGUGCUGCUCCUGCUCCUGCUGGCCUUCACCUUCAACCGGAUCCUGGGGCUCGACCAAAUCCUCAUUAAGGCGGCCAGGACGGCGACGGCAAGGCGCGAGCAGGAGGAGCGCGAAGCCAUGCGCAAGCGCCUGGUGCAAAUGCUAGAUGGCGGCGCAGACAGCGGCGCGGGGGGCGCAAACGGUGUGCCCAAGCCGCCACCACUCGGGAACGGGCCAUCUAGCACGGAUUAAAGCAUGCACGUGCCGGACUGGCAUACUACAGCAAUAAUAGUUAGGGCAGCAGGCGCCAACUGCCGUACGCGUGAAUCUCUCCUGGGGCAACAGCGCGAUCAUGAUCGGACAUAAGCACUACAUGCGCCGUUGUAGAAUGUGCUGCGUGUGCUGAAGACACCUCAUGGUGGACGUAGGAUUGUGCCAAUCAGUGCAGGUAGGUAUGUUGUGCCUUCGGCCUUCGGGGUAGCCGGGGCAAAGCAUGGGGGUUCGGGGCUUCUGGCGUACGGUGUGUUUGCCCGCAUAGCGGGUGUCGGUGGCUGCAAUAUGCCACAGAAGUUGUGAACUGUGUUAACCUCCCGCACGGACCACGCCUGGAGUACAUGGUGCUCCAGUCCGCGGAGAACACUCCAUCUUGUUGCGCUGUAAUUUGCAUUCUGG